AUGACAGAACGACGCGACCACGACCAGGACCCAGCGGACUCGUCCCGGGAGUAUGAUCUCACCCGCAUCCAAGGUUUGAUGAAGCGGAUUUCCCUCACUAAAGACACCAAGGCUAUGGCGGUUGGGAUUAACGCUAUCAAAGCGAUCCUGGAGGGAAAUCCUCACCUGCGCCAGCUAAGAGGAUUUAUGGGCUAUAUGGACCAGCUGCACGAAGCCCAGGAGGUGCUACAAGCUCGGGAGCUCGCAGCUUUUGCCCGCUCCCAGUUUGCUAACCCGAAGCCACCGCAGCAGCAGCUGCGGGGCACGGAGCUUCCUGCUAGGCAGCAGCGACGGCCACGGGGGAGAGGCGUUUCCACACCUCUGCCGCGGGAUCCCUCCGCGUGCUGUUCCAAGCCCAAUUCACCGGCCUCCUUCUUGGCGGCGAUGUGGUCCGAGGAUGAGGAGCAAGUUUUCCUCCCUCCACCAUUACCAGUUUCCUCCGUCGCUUCUGUUCCCUUAUCUGGGAGGAAACGCCGCUCACGCCGCCAGUCCCCCUUAACUCAGCUGGAUUCUGGAACUCCUGAGCGGCCAGCUGGGGUGAGUGAGAAAAACACUUUUCCUGUUCCGUCUGAGGGGGGCUGUUCCAUCUCAGGAAAUUUAAAGGACUUUGUUCAUGCUCCUUUGGAGCCCAGAACCAUAACAAAUAAACUGAUGGUCAACUGUGAGGCUGAAAAUUCCAGGAAAGUGCUUGUUGCUGCUAAACUAGCAUUUCCUGAGACUAUUGAGCUAGUGCAACCUCCUCUUCCCUCCACUGACAGCUCAGCAGAGCCAUCUCUGCCUCCUGUUUCUUCCUUGAGUCCAGACUGUUUCUCACCCGUUCACUUAGAGCAGAAGAAUCUAAGGAAAACUGUUUCCUCUGAGCUCAUCCAGCAGGGUAAACUGUGCUCUGGAUGCUCAGGAGAACCUAUGCCGCCACCCACUUCUCUUUCAUUGCAGCCAGAAGCUCGCUUAGCUGCUCAGUCAGUCACUCAAUCGCCAGUUCCACCUUUACCACAACCACCACUACAACCUGUUCUCCAGUCAGUUCAGUCCCCUCCUGUUCUCCAGUCAGUUCAGUCCCCUCCUGUUCUCCAGUCAGUUCAGUCCCCUCCUGUUCUCCAGUCAGUUCAGUCCCCUCCUGUUCUCCAGUCAGUUCAGUCUCCUCCUGUUCUCCAGUCAGUUCAGUCUCCUCCUGUUCUCCAGUCAGUUCAGUCUCCUCCUGUUCUCCAGUCAGUUCAGUCUCCUCCUGUUCAGUCGAGUUCAGUGCACUCUCUUGUAUUGCCAGCUCCUCGGCCACCAUCUCCACCCGCUCCUCGGCCACCAUCUCCACCCGCUCCUCGGCCACCAUCUCCACCCGCUCCUCGGCCACCAUCUCCACCCGCUCCUCGGCCACCAUCUCCACCCGCUCCUCGGCCACCAUCUCCACCCACUCAUUUUCAGGAGGAGAAUAGCCCCACACCGACUGUUGUUGCUCCUCCAGACCUGGCUAACUCUGAGACUUUUGCUCUUUCCGGGGCCUCCCCAGAGGUUAAAUUUCGACAUUCAGUUAACUCUGGCCCCCUGGAUAUAAAGAAGUCAGCUGAGGACUGCACCCGGCUGUCGCUGCCUGAGCUGAGUCAAUGCUCUGUGCAGCUGCAGUCAGCUAUGUGUUUGCCAGAGACCAGUGUGCCUGCUGGUUCUGUUUUGUCCCUGCCAGAGGCCCAGGCCCGUGUGCCUGCUGGUUCUGUUCUGCGCCUGCCAGAGGUCCCCGCGCCUGCUGGUUCUGUCCUGCGUGUCCCAGGGGUCCCAGUGCCCACUGGUUCUGGGACUGUUUUUGCUGGAGGCCCCGAGGAGCCCGUCCGGCCUUCUGCCUCGUCAGCUGGAUGGCCCGAGGAGCCCGUCCGGCCGUCUGCCUCGUCAGCUGCCGCCGCCUCCUCAUCCUCGCCGCCAGCUGGAGGGCCCGAGGAGCCCGUCCAGCCGCCAGCUGCAGCCGCCUCCUCAUCCUCGCCGCCAGCUGCAGCCGCCUCCUCAUCCUCGCCGCCAGCUGCAGCCGCCUCCUCAUCCUCGCCGCCAGCUGCAGCCGCCUCCUCAUCCUCGCCGCCAGCUGCAGCCGCCUCCUCAUCCACGCCGCCAGCUGCAGCCGCCUCCUCAUCCACGCCGCCAGCUGCAGCCGCCUCCUCAUCCACGCCGCCAGCUGCAGCGCUUCCGUCUCCGGCUUCCACGCCGUCGCCAGCUGCAGCGCUUCCGUCUCCGGCUUCCACGCCGUCGCCAGCUGCAGCGCUUCCGUCUCCGGCUUCCACGCCGUCGCCAGCUGCAGCCUCAGAGUCUUCACCCACGCCGUCGUCUGGCCCAGCUUCAGCUUCACCCACGCCGUCGUCUGGCCCAGCCCCCUCAUCGGCUUCAUCGUCGCCUGGUCCAGCCUCCUCAUCAGCCUCACCCACGCCGUCGCCCAGUCCGGCGUCAUCGUCGUCUGGUCCAGCUCCGGCGUCAUCGUCGUCUGGUCCAGCUCCGGCGUCAUCGUCGUCUGGUCCAGCUCCGGCGUCAUCGUCGUCUGGUCCAGCUCCGGCGUCAUCGUCGUCUGGUCCAGCUCCGGCGUCAUCGUCGUCUGGUCCAGCUCCCGCGUCAUCGUCGUCUGGUCCAGCUCCCGCCUCGCCUGCCUCGUCUGGUCCAGCUCCCGCCUCGCCUGCCUCGUCUGGUCCAGCCUCCGCCUCGCCUGGUGCUGCGGGGGCCACGCAGCCUUCAGGUCCCCAGCUGCAGCCUCAACAUCGUCGGUCAUCUGCCAGGCCGCUUGUUGGGCAUCUUCGCCACUGUGGACGACCUCCUGAACGCCGCCACUGCCUUCCGCGUGGCCGGCCUCCGGACUUGAAUUGCCGCCGCCGUUGCCAUCCGCACGGUCGGCCCCCUGAACUGCUCUAUCGCCGUUGCCGCCCGCACGGUCGGCCCCCUGAACUGCUCUAUCGCCGUUGCCGCCCGCACGGUCGGCCCCCUGAACUGUCCCCUCGCCGUUGCCGCCCGCACGGUCGGCCCCCUGAACUGUCCCCUCGCCACUGCCUACUGCGUGGCUCGCCUUCAGACCUGCCCCGCUACCGCUGCUUUUCACAUGGUCGGCCUCCGGAACUGAACUGUUUUGGCCUCCGGUGCUGUCGGCCUCCGGGUCGGCCCCCUGAACUUGGCCAUCUGGGCCUUGUGGACUCUGUCCCUCCGUCCUGGACCCCCACCGCCCGCCCUGGUCGGGUCGUUUUCUGUUUGUCGGUGUCCUAUGUCAGUGUGUUCAGCUUUGUGCUCUCCCUGUCUUGUCAGUGUAAUCAGCGUCAGCCGUGUCUCCCAGCUGUUUCCUCUUCGCUCCGUUCACCUCUUGUAUUUAGUGUCUGUGUCUUCCCCUACUCGGUGUCGCGUCGUUAA